GUGUGUGGUUGUGUGUGUGUGUGGUUGUGUGGUUGUGUGGUUGUGAGAGAACAAGCUGAGUGUGCUUCUUAUCUAGCAGAGGCUGGGAGCGCGUUCAUCCUCCCCGUCAUCUCCUCCGCGCGCCCGGCCGGGAGAAGAUGUGCGCGGACCCCCUCAGCCGCCGCGGCAGAGACUGAUCCUGCCCCCCCGCGGGGUGGCUGAAGCCGGGAGGAGGAGAGGAAGAGGAGCGGGGGGAGAAGAUGGAGGACUUCUGAACAAGAGAGGAGGUCAAAGUUCCUCCUGCUGGACUGGAUUUCUGCUCUUUUUCUUCUUGGAGGUGUUUGUUUGUUUGUUUGUUUUUCCUCUGAGCGCGCGGACGUCACCUGACGCCCUGAUGAUGGCGCGCCACCUGGCAGAGACAGGAUGAUGGACACUUUGACACCGCAGCUCGUGUCCAGAUCCCUUCCCGCGCUGCUGACCGAGCCCUCAGAGCGCUGAUCGCUCAUUUGUUGUGAAGAGGCAGAAAAACAAACCGUCCUGCUGUGAGGGGAUGCUGCGCGCAGCCAAAUCCUCGGGAGACCGGCGCGCGCGCACUCAUCACAUUCCCGUCCAGGAGCGCACCUUAAAGAGCUGCAUGGUCUCUGCGCGGCUCUGAACUUGUUGAGCGGCUCUGGAGGGSAGCAGGGGGGACAGGAAGGACCCGGGUUUUACCAAAUCUCCAGAUCAUCACACAGGACGUGGAAUAUGAUUGACAGCCUGGAGAGCUGAGGAGACCCGACACUGCUCAUCCCCCAUCACUUCUUCUUUUUCCUUUCAUCUUUGGGCCUGAAACCUCUCAGAUUCUCCAGAAACGUGAAAAGGACAGAAAAAACCCCUGAAACAACACAAAGUUUCUAAGCCAACCCACGCUCCCCCCCUUAAGGGAGUCUGACAUGCCUCCUCCCUACAAUUAAGUGAGGACAAAACUGGGAGAAAAGACGUAAUCCCUUGUUUGUGCGUCUUCAGACGGAACCACGGCUCCGAUGGUGGGAGCUGAGAGAGGACCAGUCAUGCAUUUCUGCCUGGCGUUGGCGCUGCAGGUGGUUUGGACCGGCGUUUGCCAGGCGGCRGUUCAGAACUACCCGGCAGCGUGGGGCCACUACGACGUGUGCAAGUCUCAGGUUUACUCCGARGAGGGUCUCACCUGGGACUACAUGGCCUGCCAGCCGGAGGCGGCAGACAUGACCCAGUUCCUGAAGGUUACCCUGGAUCCCCCCAACAUCACCUGUGGAGACCCUCCAGAGACGUACUGCGCCCUGGAGAAUCCCUACAUGUGUAACAACGAAUGUGACGCCAGCACCGAGGAGCUGGCCCACCCUCCAGAGCUCAUGUUUGACAUCGAGGGACGAAACCCCACCACCUUCUGGCAGUCCACGUCCUGGAAGAAGUACCCAAAGUCCCUCCUGGUCAACAUCACGCUGUCCUGGAACAAGACCAUCGAGCUGACCGACGACAUCGUCCUCACGUUCGAGUCGGGCCGACCCGAGCAGAUGGUCCUGGAGAAGUCUCUGGACUAUGGGCGGAGCUGGCAGCCCUACCAGUUCUACGCCACGGACUGCCUGGACGCCUUCACCAUGGAGCCCAAGACGGUGCAGGAGCUGACGCAGCACACGCUGCUGGACAUCAUCUGCACCGAGGAAUACUCCCGCGGCUACGUGUGGAAGUACGACAAGACCGUCCGCUUCGAGAUCAAGGACCGCUUCGCGCUGUUCGCCGGGCCCAGGCUGCACAACAUGGCCUCGCUGUACGGACAGCUGGACACCACCAAGAACCUYAGGGACUUCUUCACCAUCACAGACCUGAGGGUCCGGCUGCUCCGGCCCGCCACCGGCGCCACCAUGGUGGACGAGAGCAGCUUGUCCAGAUACUUCUACGCCAUCUCUGACAUCAAAGUCCAGGGAAGGUAUUCCUAAUAACAUUGGUCCAGUUAACUGUGAAUGCUUCGGCCACUCCAACCGAUGCAGCUACCUCGAGGUGCUAAACACCGUCAUUUGCGUGAGCUGCAAACACAACACUAGGGGCCAGCACUGCCAGCUAUGCAAGCUGGGCUUCUACCGCAAUGCCUCAGCAGAACUGGACGAUGAAAAUGUGUGCAUAGAGUGUAAUUGUAAUCCUGUUGGCUCAGUCAGUGAUCGCUGUAAUGGCACAGGAUAUUGUAUAUGUAAGGAGGGCACUACAGGGCCCAAGUGUCACGAGUGUCUACCCGGCUAUUUGUGGGACAAUGGCUGCAAAUCUCGGGUUUGUGACAACGAGCUGCUGCGCUGUCAGAACGGCGGGGAGUGUGAAAACAARGCGCGCUGCAGCUGUCCCUCGGCCUACACGGGCCUGCUGUGCGAGAAGCCCCGCUGCGAGACGGAGCUGGGGGGCUGCCGAGGCUCCGAGUCGGGCCAGGGCCCCCUGACGCCCCCCUCCCCCCGCUGGCUGCUGACGCUGCUCCUGCUGGGCUCGCUGCUCCUGAGAGAGGCCUCCUGCUGGCCCGCCGUGCUUUGAGGAGACCUUAGUGGGAGUGACACGCCUCCCACCGCCUUCACCUUAACAC